GGCGGACGACAAAGCCCCACACAUCGACCUCUGGUGGCCCUCACCUUCCAAGCUUUUUCCUCGCAGCUUCCCCAUCGCGCUAUUUAACCAUCCUCGUUCUCGUUAGGGGGCUGCUCGCUCAUUCUCCCUUAAAUGCUCCGUGCUAGCUCCAGAUUCUGAAUCACGUACGGCUAUACUCUGCUUCUCUUUUUCCUAGAACAGUCUGAAGACGGAGGGGAUGGCAGCAAAGAGGCUUCGCCAGGACGCCGACCAAGAUCCGGAAUCUUCCUCUGACGGCAAGCGAGUCCGUCGGCUCCCUUCGUUUUCCACAGUGAUCAGAGAGGCGAUGAUGGCUAAGUCUCUGCAGAACAUUUUCUUCGCUUUGGAGCCAUUGCUUCGCAAAGUGGUGCAAGAAGAGGUGGAGAAAGGAGUUAUCCAUGGCCUGCGCUUGUUCCAAAGGUAUAAGAAUGUGCUAAUCCUGUUUCUUCGUUUCUACGAUCACCAAGAUGCGAGCUUUUCCAACCUCGACAGUUUCCCUCUCAGGUCUAACUCGAUGCACCUCGAAGCGGCGCCGGAGGCAUCAAGCUUGAAGCUGGUAUUCAAGACCCAACUCUCGCUGCCCAUAUUUACAGGCAGCAAAAUAGAGUGCCUGGAGAACAACCCGCUGGAGCUCGCCAUCGUCGACUCCGACACCGGACAGCCUCUGGCCUCGCCGCUGCCGUGGCCGGUCAGAGUGGAAGUGGUGGUGUUGGACGGAGACUUCCCGGGCGGGGAUCAGUCGGAGUGGAGCAGCGCCGACUUCCAGAGGAAUAUCGUGAAGGAGAGGACGGGAAAGAGGCCACUGCUCACCGGGGAAGUUAAUGUCACCAUGAGAGACGUCUCGGCAGUCAUCUCCGAUCUUUCUUUCACCGACAACUCGAGCUGGAUUCGCAGCAGGCAGUUCAGGAUCGGCGCGAGAAUCGUCGCCGCCGCCGGGAGCCAAAACGAGCAGAGGAUUAAGGAAGCCAUGACGGUGCCCUUCGUGGUGAAGGAUCACAGAGGAGAAUUGUACAGGAAGCACUAUCCACCAGCUCUUGGCGACGAAGUGUGGCGACUGGAAAGGAUCGGAAAAGACGGAGCUUUCCACAGGAAACUCUCUGCUGCAAACAUCCACACCGUUCAAGAGUUCUUGAAGCUGUUGAUCGUCGAACCUCACUCACUCCGUGAUAUUCUGGGAGUUGGGAUGUCAGACAGGGUGUGGGAGGCCACAGUUGCCCAUGCCAAGACCUGCCCUGUGGGAGGAAAGCUUUAUCUGUACCAAGGAUCACAGUGCAGCCUUUUGUUGAACUGUAUAUGUGAACCUGUGGGGAUUGUCCAUGGCCAUACCACUCUAACAUUGCAGGAACUGAGCCAGGGUCAAAGGACCUACGUGCGUCAUCUGGCUAAAGAGGCAUAUCAAAACUGGGACAGAUUGGAAGAGGCCAAUGAUCAGUUUAACCAGAGGGUUCUUCCCCAAUAUGUCGAAAUGCAGCAGAGUGGAGUGGAAUCACUGGCCUGGUACUCAGUUGAUCAGGGGAUCGCAGUAGAUUACCCAUUUGAGGACUACGAAAUCGUUGACUCUGCACUCAGUGGCUUCGGCUGAAACAAAACAAAGAAAUCAAACAGGGGGCUCGGUUAAGAUCGAUGCUCCUGUUAAUGUACAUUAUUCAUGAUCAAGAUCAUGUAAUAUGUUAAAUUAGGUACCAAUUAGUCGCCCUGGUUGCUUAGUCUAUGAACUGCUAGAAGACUUAGCAAGGUGACAGGAGGCGCAUGCGUGUGUAUUCUUUUAUUUCUAACCUGUUUCUGCACUCUUAGUGUACUGUAAAAAGGUUCAGGUAGAUUGAUGUGCUUUGUAAAGACUUGGGCACAUGGUCUGUCUCCAUCUACACCCUCAUUUGUGUAUCCGUGUUGAUUAUCUCGAUAAUGUUCUCUUUCUGUUUGAUU